GGAUUAUGGGUGACUGGGGCCUUAAAUGCAGUGUUAACGUCUGAGCAUCAAACUGAAAUGCGACGCUAUCUCUUUAAUCACCAGAACAAAGAUGGAGGGUGGGGACUGCAUAUAGAAGGUCCCAGCACAAUGUUUGGCACAGUUAUGAGCUAUGUAGCAUUGAGAUUACUCGGAGAAGACAUCGACGGUGGAGAUGGAUCCAUCGAAAUAGCAAGAAAAUGGAUUCUUAAUCGUGGCGGUGCCACUUCUAUUCCUUCAUGGGGAAAAAUAUGGCUUUCAGUACUUGGCGUAUACGAAUGGAGCGGAGUGAAACCAAUCCCUCCAGAAAUAUGGCUUCUUCCCUACUUUGUUCCUUUCCAUCCAGGAAAAAUGUGGUGUCACACUCGAGUUGUAUAUCUACCGAUGUCGUAUUUAUACGGUAGACGAUUUGUUGGACCUUUCAGUGCCAUUGUUUUAUCCCUUAGAAAAGAGCUAUAUACCUUACCUUAUCAUUUACUUGAUUGGCACCAUGCUAAAUAUCUAUGUGCUAAAGAAGACUUGUAUCAUCCAUCUCCAAUCAUACAGAAUGUUUUAUGGAGUUUUCUUGAUAAUCUUGCUGAACCUCUUCUCAUGCAUUGGCCCUACUCAAAACUAAGGAGCAAAGCACUUAAUCAUGUUAUCAAACAUAUUCACUAUGAGGAUCAAAAUACUAACUAUAUCUGUCUUGGUCCUGUUAACAAGGUACUAAACAUGAUUUGUUGUUGGUUGGAGAAUCCCAAUUCUGAGGCAUUUAAGUAUCACAUUUCAAGAAUCAAAGAUUAUCUAUGGCUGGCUGAGGAUGGAAUGAAAAUGCAGGGAUAUAAUGGUUCUCAAUGUUGGGAUGUUGCUUUAUCUGUUCAAGCUAUUUUGGCUACUAAACUUGAUGAUGAAUACGGUUCGAUGCUUAAGAAAGCUAAUAAUUUUAUAACACACUCACAGGUGACAAUGAACAGGUCCGGCGAUAGUAAUAGCUGGUAUCGCCACAUUUCGAAAGGUGGUUGGCCUUUCUCAACUCAAGACAAUGGUUGGUCUGUAUCAGAUUGUACUGCAGAAGGCUUGAAGGCAGCCAUUUUGUUGUCAAACCUGUCAUUUGAGACUGUUGGGAAUGCAAUGGAAACCGAACAGUUCUGCGAUGCGGUCAAUUUUAUUUUAUCCCUGCAGAAUAGAAAUGGUGGAUUUGCAUCCUAUGAGCUCACAAGAUCAUAUGCAUGGCUGGAGAAACUAAAUCCAACUGAAACAUUUGAAGAUAUCGCCAUUGAUUAUCAGUAUGUAGAAUGCACAUCAGCAGCGAUUCAAAGUCUCACCUUAUUCGCUCAACGAUAUCCGCGGCACAGGAAGGUGGAAAUAGAGACCUGCAUUGCCAAGGCUGCAGACUUCAUUGAAAGCAUACAGCUAGCCGAUGGCUCAUGGUAUGGAUCAUGGGGAGUAUGCUUUACAUAUGGGACAUGGUUUGGAAUAAGUGGGCUUAUAGGUGCAGGUAAGAGGUACAAAGACAGCAAAAGCAUUAGAAAGGCAUGCGAGUUUUUGCUUUCGAAACAACACAAGAUUUCUGGUGGAUGGGGUGAGAGCUAUCUUUCAUGCCAAUACAAGGUAUACACAAACCUGGAAGGAGACAAGUCUCAUGUAGUGAACACUGCUUGGGCUAUGUUGGCACUAAUUGAAGCAGGCCAGGCGGAAAGAGAUCCCGCUCCGUUGCAUCGUGCGGCCAAGGUUUUGAUCAAUUCACAAAUGGAAAACGGGGAGUUUCCUCAACAGGAAAUAAUGGGAAACUUCAACAAGAAUUGUACUAUCAAUUACUCAGCAUACAGAAACAUUUUUCCUAUAUGGGCUCUUGGUGAAUAUCGAAGUCGGGUACUGCUUUGUCUCGACAAAAAGUCGAGAGCAACUGCAUAAUAGUAAUAAG